UAAUAACAAAGAACGGUACUUUAAAUUCGUCUAUUGCGAUAUUUGAUGUUGGUUUGUGUUUGAUUAAAUUAAACUAUAUAGUAUUUAUAUUAUCAAUUUUGUGAUGGAAAAAUCAUCAUUCAGCAUUCCACUGCAAUUGGCAUAGCAUUUUAUCCCUGAAUGGAGUUGUACUGGAUUUUGAAAACAAAAAAAAUCAACGAAAGUUAAGUUCUUAAACAACGAUAAAACAUUUUGUGCCAUACUCGGCGUUCAGUGUAGCAUAAACAGUCAAUUGUCUACAUUCAUGACGUUCACUUACAGUAGCCGUGGAAAGCAUGUUCUCAAGUAAAUCAAAAAAGGAACAGCCUAACCCAAAGGGUCUGAGCAGUGCAUUAGUGCCUCAGGAUCCGCGCAUGAAAGUACGCACCGCUAGUGCGCAAUCGGAGACAACAAAUACGACGGAACAAAGUGAGACCAUCUACGAUAAUGAUAGAAAUAAGGUAAUACAACAAACAGUGCGACAAACGGUGACACAUCAGAAAACUGCUCGCGUCAUUGAAACUUCGAUACGACGAACACCGACAAAGGAAGAUUGGGAUGAACUACUCAGUGCGGCUGGUGUAAAUGCAUUUUCUUUCACAAGUGCAACGCCAUUGACUAAAAUGGAAACUACUGUUACGCAAAAAAAUGGACGCACACAGACAUCGUUCGUACAACAACAAGCAGCGAAAUUCCAUCAAACGUGCGCAGCGGGAAAGCCAAAUACAACUACGACGUCCGGUGCGGGACAAGGGGCAAAGAAGAACUCCAGCACCAGUGGUAAACCAAAAACAACUGUCAGCGUUUACACUGACCAGUAUACAGUCAUGCCGUCGCCAUUGACUUUAAGGUCGCCUGCAAUUUCAACAACUAUUAGCAAAGUAAACAGCAGUGCAGUGAGCCCGGCAAGAACUGUCGUUACCUACAAUUCACCCCUAAGUAAACCAAGUAACCAAAUAAGUGGCGGAAUAAAACUUAGUACGACCAAUGUCAUUCCGAGUGCAAGACCAACAACAACGCCCACUUUCCAACUAGGUAAAACUGAGAAAACCACUCCGACUGCUACCACAAAUUAUCAAUAUGUUUCGCCCUAUCGAAAUGGCGCUCGUGGUCCAUUGGCCAACAGCUCCUAUUUGACAUAUGGAAAAUCCCAAUUUAGUCUUCCAACUGCGUAUGCAAAGCAUGGUGUGACCGAUGCGAAUCCGCUGGCAGGAUCACCGAAGCCAUUGUCGUACAGCAUCCGCUCUACACCAUUAUCCACUCCACACGCUACAACUCAGCCAUUGCCUACGACUCAAAUAACACAAAGUUUAAGUGUGGCCGGUCAGAAGUCGAAGUUAAAACCUGGUAUUGCUUAUAUAUUUAAUACGGUUGACUUUGCUGAUAAAGAACGAUUUGAGAAACGUGAUGGCAGCGAUUACGAUGCGAACAUUGUGCGGGAGGCGUUCGAGAAGUACAAAUUAAAAGUGGAUACUAUCAAGAAUCCGACUGUGAAGAAGAUCAAAGAUACUGUGAAGUCAAUGACUAAGAAAGAUUAUAGCAAUUAUUCUUGCCUAAUAAUUGUUAUACUCAGCCAUGGCACGUUCAAUGACUCGGUCGCGGCCAGCGAUGCAGAAUAUAAUAUUAACGAAACGAUACUUUAUCCAAUUCUUGAUAUACCAAGCUUGAAAGAGAAGCCGAAAAUUUUCAUAAUACAAGCGUGUAAAGGUGGAAUGGUGCCAGGUGAAUACAAAACCGACGCUUCUACGGUGCGUGGAUCUCCCAGUGAAAUACUCAAAUGCUAUAGUACUUAUGAGGGUUAUGUCGCAUAUCGCACGAGUAAGGGCAGUCCAUUUGUCCAAGCCUUAUGCAACGAAAUAAAGCUGAAAGGACAAAAUACCGAUAUAGAGCGGCUUAUGAAGAGCGCUAUAGAGACAGUGAAAAAUGAAACGCGUUCGAAACAAAUUCCAUGUAUGACUACUAACCUCACAAAGCCAUUUGUUUUUGGAAACUAUGUGUAAUUUUUAUAGUGUCUUAAAUUAUGCAUAUAUAAUGAAUUCUAAUAUAAAUAUUUAUUACAUAUUCUUUGUAAGCAUUUCUGUAAAAAUGUC